AAAAAUACGAUUUUUGGUUAUUGGGCGAGGCUGACUGAGACUCUCUCUUCCAGUUUGGACCGAUCGGAUCUGUAUCGUAUCGUCGACUCCGAGAGUUCAUCGCCAGCCGGUCCAAAGAGAACCCUUUACACAUUUUUCUUCACAUCAACCUUGGAAGAGGUCCGAGCAGCUUGCUUGCUGCUGGUUGUCAUGGCGGGAGCGCCGGCCCGAAGGGUAUCAGCUGCGUCAGCUCGGGCUCACACCCGGAAAGCUAAGCAGGGCGGCUCUUUCACCCCUUCAGGGAUUUUCAAGAAGCUAGUGUUGGUUGCAUCUUUUGGGAUUCUUGCUUGGGCAUAUCAGGCACUCCAACCACCUCAACCUAAAAUUCCCGGUUCUCCUGGCGGACCUCCAAUUACAGCACGGAGAAUAAAGCUCAGAGAUGGAAGACACUUAGCAUAUAAAGAACAUGGCGUGCCAAGAGAUAGUGCCAAGUUUAAGAUCGUGACUGUUCAUGGUUUUGGCGGUUGCAGGCAUCACUCACUCUCUUUAUCUCAGAAAGUAAUUGACGAUCUUGGAGUCUACAUUGUGUCUUUUGAUCGACCUGGUUAUGGAGAGAGUGAUCCUGACCCAAAACGAACAGUGAGGAGCAUUGCGUUAGACAUAGAGGAGCUUGCCGAUCAGUUGGCUCUAGGAACGAAAUUUUAUGUGGUUGGUGUGUCCAUGGGAGGACAGGUUGUGUGGAGCUCCCUCAAGCACAUUCCUCACAGACUAGCGGGAGCAGCACUGAUAUGCCCCGUAGUCAAUCACUGGUGGUCAGGUAUACCUGCAAACUUAUCGGCGCAAGUCUACAAGGAAUUGCUCCCUCAAGAUCAAUGGGCCCUACGGGUUGCUCACUAUGCCCCCACAUGGCUUACCUACUGGUGGAACACCCAGAAAUUGUUCCCUUCUUCAGCUGCCAUAGCCCGGCACCCUGAUGUUUUCUCUCCUGCGGACAAGGAAAUUUUAGCUAAGCGUGUCCCCCCGAAGGAACUCAUGGGCGUGCCUACGCAGCAAGGAGAGUACGAGUCCCUCCACCGUGACCUGGCGAUCGGAUUUGGUACGUGGGAAUUCAGCCCUGUAGAUCUAGAGAGCCCAUUCCCGAACAAUGAAGGGUCCGUUCACUUGUGGCAAGGAGACGAUGACAGGCUUGUCCCUGUAGCCACCCAGCGGUUCAUUGUCCAAAAGCUCCCCUGGAUUCAAUAUCACGAGCUUGCUGGUGCAGGGCAUGCCUUGUCAUUGGCUGAGGGGAUGCCCGAUCGCAUAGUGAAGGCCCUCUUGCUCGGAGAAACUGAUGGCUAGUUCUCGGGGUUUGGAGCCUCUACUUGUUAUUUUCUCAUUGUUUUGCUGUUCAUCCUGUAACAUGAAACGAGGGUUUUUGGUUUUUACCAUCAGUUUCUCUGCGGAUGCUUCUUGGGUAUUCAGGGCAGAGCUUACCAUGUCAGCUUAGUUUCGGACAUCUUGGCUGACGGUGGUACUUUUCCAAAAUUUUGGUGGCAAAUUUGCGGUUUGAAUGCAGUUACUGCAAGGACGACUUGAUGAAAACAACUUAUUGGAAUGAAUUCUAUAAAAUUCA